AUAGAGUUAACACACGUCACUGGAUAGAAUCUCACAGGACGGGAAAAAAAAGCGGAAGCUUUUAGACGAGGAAAGCGAAUGCUCAGAAGAUGACCGAGUUGUGGUUCAUCCAAAAUCGAAGAGGAGCGAAGAUUACUUACUUACCAAAACAGGGCGAAGCAUGUCACCCCAGCCUGUCAAACUCAACUCUAAUCGACACGGUACACCAAAGGGGGCUCAGAGCCGAACAGGAGAUAAGGAUCAUUCAUCACAUCAAAAGAAGAAAAAAAAUUCAGAACAUCAAACAGAAAAAACUCAGAAACCAAAAUCACAAGAAGUCCAGGAAGACUUUUCAAAAGUCAAGGUCGCUAAUCAGGUGCCCAUUCAAACAUUCUGGGCCUCAAUGGAGCCAUAUUUCCGACCUUUUACAGAAGCUGAUCGGACACUUCUAGAGGAAGAAGGUGACCAAGUGACACCGCUUUUAAUCCCACCACUUGGAAAGCAUUAUCUUGACGUUUGGGCUGAGGAAGAUAGAGCACACCUGCCUUACGACGGAUUUGAGUCACGGCGUAGUUCAGUCGAUAUGGCCAAGGAUAUUGCUUCACGGAACACAGUGUACAAUCAGCCAUUUGAGUUGACGGAUGAAAAUAUUGAUCAGGAUGAAGUAUCCUGUGGACCAUUGACGGAGAGAAUAAUAUGCUCACUUAUUGCGGAAGAUCUGGUCGAUCCUAAGGAGGUGAAGCAAGAUGAUGAUCAACUUUUCGAAACGGCAUCACCCACACCAGCGCAGCCAGGGAGUCAAUCAACAGCAAAGAAUUAUGCGGAUCUUGAGGAGAGGAUCAAGCGAGAACUUCGUUACAUUGGACUUUUGGGGAAUGAAGAGAUUGACUGGGAUGCUCGGGAGGAUGAUGAGAUCAGCAUCACACUUAGAUCUCUUCAGAGAGAGUUGCGAGAGGUGAUGAAAGUGAACAAGAGCAGGAAACAACGAUUGCUUGGUCUUGUGAACAACCAUCUUGCAUAUCAAGAAUACAACACUAUAUUGGAUGAUUUAGAUAAACAGGUUGAGCAAGGAUAUCUUAAGAGAUUCCGUAUGACAAAGUCAAAGAAGAAAAAGACGUCGACACCCAAGUCACUCUCUGAAAACGCUCUUAGUGCAAUGGACAGGCGAAGACGAUUCGUCCAAGGUGUUGGACCAAUUUUUCCCGCUGAAAAUUAUACUAUACCAACAAAAACUAUUUACCCUGAAGAGUUAGAACCUAAACCAGCAUCAAGCACUCCUCAAACCUAUCGACAGCUCAAUGGACUUCCUUAGAAGAGAGGACCAGCAAGGUGUAGAUUAUUUUUGCGACUGCUCUCCUACACACUCUAUGUCCCUCAUUACUUUUACAGUUUACCCCAAUCCCAAUUUUGUCGCUCGCCGCGUAAUUUAUCAUGUACAAUAACAUUUUAUUGAUUGCAACAGUCACUUUAAUGAGAAUGGAAGGAGGUAAUGACAAAAAUCUAGAUGAUAAAGGGGUGGUUGAUUUAGUAGCGAUAGAAUGUAGACGAAGUUGGGUAUGAUAAA